UUUCACUUCCCCGGCAGAAUGGAGCAGAAUAACUAAAGCAACCCAGACUGGAUUCUUAGUAUUUCACAUCAGGGUUUAUCAAGACUUCCAUUAAACUACAUUCUAUGCGCCUUUAACUUCAAAGAUAAGGGGCUUUUCAUUUGAGGUGCAGCGAUGGUGCAGAAAUAUCAGUCCCCUGUGAGGGUUUACAAGUACCCUUUUGAGCUCAUAAUGGCGGCCUAUGAGAGAAGAUUCCCAAACUGUCCGCUGAUACCCAUGUUUGUGAACAGUGUCAUCAUUAGUGAGUGUCAUAGUGAGGAUGGGGCAUCCCAAGUGAUUGAGCGUAGAUGUACCAUGGAUGUUGAGGCCCCUCGGCUUCUAAAGAGGAUUGCAGGAGUGGAGUACAUGUAUUUCAUCCAGAAGAACUCUUUAAACCGAAGAGAGAGAACUCUGCACAUUGAGGCCUAUAAUGAGUCCUUCUCCAGCAGAGUCAACGUCUAUGAGCACUGCUGCUACAUGGUUCACCCAGAGAAUGAAGACUGGACCUGUUUUGAGCAGUCUGCCAGCAUGGACAUCAAAUCCUUUUUCGGGUUUGAGAGCACAGCAGAGAAGAUUGCAAUGAAGCAGUACGCCACCAGUAUUAAAAAGAUCCCUAAAGAUCAGCAUGUGCUGCGUUUCCUGUGCUCACGGGACUUUAAUCUGGAAAAGGCCAAAGAGGCUUUGUGCCAGACGCUCACAUGGAGGAAGCAGCAUCAAAUAGACUUCCUGUUGGACACAUGGCAGUGUCCACAGCUCCUGCAGGACUACUACACAGGAGGCUGGCACCACCAUGACAAAGAUGGACGUCCUCUUUAUAUCCUUCGACUUGGACAAAUGGACACCAAAGGUUUAGUGCGGGUGCUGGGAGAAGAGAACCUUCUGAGACAUGUACUGUCCAUCAAUGAGGAAGGUCUCAGACACUGUGAAGAGAACACCAAAAUAUUUGGAAAACCAAUCAGUUGUUGGACAUGUCUGGUGGAUCUUGAGGGGUUAAAUAUGAGGCAUCUGUGGAGACCGGGAAUCAAAGCCUUGCUGAGGAUGAUAGAGCUUGUAGGAGCCAACUACCCUGAAACACUGGGCCGUCUCCUCAUACUGAGAGCACCCAGAGUGUUUCCUGUGCUCUGGACUUUGGUGAGUCCAUUCAUUGACGAAAACACGCGGAAGAAGUUUCUCAUCUAUGCAGGGAAUGACUACCAGGGGCCUGGAGGUCUGGUGGACUACAUCAACAGAGACUUCAUCCCUGACUUCUUAGGAGGAGACGCUCUGUGUGAUGUUCCUGAGGGGGGUCUGGUUCCCAAGUCUCUGUACCGUACGGCUGAGGAGCUGGAAAGCGAGGAGGUUAAACUGUGGAAUGAAACCAUCUACAAGAGCGCGAGUGUGUUGAAGGGAGCUCCACAUGAGGUGCUGAUAGAGAUUACAGAAGUAUCGUCUGUCAUUACGUGGGACUUUGAUGUGUGUAAAGGCGACGUGAUCUUCAAUAUCUAUCACUCUAGAAGGGCUCCUCAGCCAGUUAAAAGAGACGUUCUGAGCGCACACAACCUCGCCUGUCCUGCUGGAAACAACGUCCAGCUCAUCGACAGAUCCUGGAUGCUCGGACAAGACUACAGCAUGGUGGAGACGGCCCUGACCUGCAGAGAGGGAGAGAGCGUACAGGGAUCUCAUGUGACGCGCUGGCCUGGAUUCUAUAUCCUGCAGUGGCGUCUUUACAGCAGCCCAUCAUGCACUUCUUCCAGUCGGCCGCGUGUAGAUGAUGUUCUGGCAUCUCUGCAGGUCUCCUCACACAAAUGCAGAGUCAUGUAUUUC